AUGGUGGAGCAUUUUGUCCAACAAAUAAAGUCUAAAUUUGAGAUGAGUCUGGUAGGAGAAAUCACUUAUUUCCUUGAUCUUCAAUUUAAGAAAAUAGAAGACAUCAUUUUUAUAUCUCAAAGCAAGUAUGCUAAGAAUAUAUUGAAGAAGUUUGGCCUAGACAAUGCUAGCCACAAAAGAACUCCUACUGCUACUCAAGUGAAGGUCACCAAAAAUGAAAAUGGAGUUGAUGUAGAUCAAAGUUUAUACAGAAGCAUGAUUGGAAGCCUUCUCUAUCUCACAGAAAGUAGACUUGACAUCACCUUUUUUGUAGGUGUUUGUGCUAGAUAUCAAGCUAAACCCAAGACUAGUCAUCUUGCUCAAGUGAAGAGAAUAUUAAGAUAUGUUAAUGGGACAUGUGACUAUGGUAUUCUCUACUCUCAUGACACUAACUCAAUACUAGUAUGGUAUUAUGAUGUUGAUUGGGCUGGAAGUGCAAAUGAUAUAAAAAGCACAUAUGGUGGAUGUUUUUUCCUUGGCAGCAACUUAAUUUCUUGGUUCAGCAAGAAGCAAAAUUGUGUCUCAUUAUCUAUGUUGAAACUGAAUAUAUUGCUGCAGGGAGCAAUUGCUAUCAAUUACUAUGGAUGA